GUUUAUAAAGACUCAUUCAUGCAGCUGAAGGGCAGAGAGGUUUGGCUCCAAGCGGCAAAGUACUGGCCAGUCCUAGCUGCUUAAGAAAGCCCCGCUGUGGAGCCCUGCGGGUAGCCCCUUCCUAAUACAAUGGCCACUUUACAAGAGAAGCUGAUUACCCCAAUUGUAGCAGGAUCUACCACCCCUAAUAAUAAGAUCACUGUCGUGGGAGUUGGCCAAGUUGGAAUGGCCUGUGCCAUCAGCAUUCUUGGAAAGGGUCUUUGUGAUGAGCUUGCUCUGGUUGAUGUUUUGGAAGACAAACUAAAAGGAGAAAUGAUGGAUCUACAGCAUGGAAGCUUGUUCCUCCAAACUCAUAAGAUUGUGGCAGACAAAGAUUAUGCUGUCACUGCUAAUUCUAAGAUUGUGGUAGUAACUGCCGGAGUUCGCCAGCAAGAAGGAGAGAGUCGCCUGAACCUGGUCCAGAGGAAUGUGAAUGUCUUCAAAUUUAUUAUUCCUCAAAUUAUGAAGUAUAGUCCAAAUUGCACCAUACUUGUGGUUUCCAACCCAGUGGAUAUAUUGACCUAUGUCACAUGGAAGCUGAGUGGGCUGCCCAAACAUCGUGUUAUUGGAAGUGGUUGCAAUCUAGAUUCAGCUAGAUUUCGCCAUCUGAUGGCUGAAAAACUUGGCAUCCACCCCACCAGCUGCCAUGGCUGGAUCUUAGGAGAACAUGGUGAUUCUAGUGUGGCUGUUUGGAGUGGAGUGAAUGUUGCAGGUGUUUCUCUCCAGGAGCUUAACCCAGCUAUGGGUACUGACAAAGACAGCGAAAAUUGGAAGGAAGUUCACAAAAUGGUGGUUGACAGUGCCUAUGAAGUGAUAAAACUUAAAGGAUACACUAACUGGGCCAUUGGCUUAAGUGUUGCUGAUCUAAUCGAGUCUAUGCUGAAAAAUCUGUGCCGAGUUCACCCAGUGUCAACCAUGGUAAAGGGCAUGUAUGGCAUUGAAAAUGAAGUCUUCUUGAGCCUUCCUUGUGUAUUAAGUGCCUCUGGAUUGACAAGUGUAAUCAACCAAAAGCUGAAAGAUGAGGAGGUGGCUCAACUCCGGAAGAGUGCGGAUACUCUGUGGAGCAUCCAGAAAGAUCUCAAGGAUCUGUAAUCUAUAAAUGUUAACUUCCAGCGGUAAAACAACUGCAGUGUACGUGUAUAUGUGGGCUUUCUAGUUACUCUCCAUCUCUGGAGCUAAUAUUUUGUUGAUCUUCCAAAAGUACAAUGAGCUUUUGUCUAUAGCAACUAAACAUUUGCUUGUUGUAAUGCACAGACCUUACGAACAAAUAAAAUAACUUUUGAACAUGC